UUCAACUGUCAGUUUUAAAGAACAAAAAACUCAUAUUUAUUAGUGAUAAAAAAUUAAAUUAUUGUUUCCUCACAAAGAGACUCAGUUAGAAAGUAGAACUAGAAUACAAACGUUAAAAUGUAUUAAAUAAUGAUAAUGUGUAAAUGAUUGUGUUCAAGUAGACAAGUUUGAAAUAAAACACCAAUCGAUAUUUUUAGAACAGUGUAGUGGAUCUAAUUUUAAAUCAUGGAGGCCCUUAUUCCAGUAGUUAAUAAAUUACAAGACGUAUUCAAUACAGUAGGAUCAGAUGCAAUUCAUUUGCCACAAAUUGUAGUUUUGGGUUCUCAGAGUUCUGGCAAGAGUUCAGUUAUUGAGAGCUUGGUAGGAAGAAGCUUUUUACCAAGAGGAACUGGUAUUGUUACUAGAAGACCUUUAAUUUUACAGUUAGUUUAUUGUCCAAAAGAAGACAAGGAACAUCGGAAUGCCAAAGAUGGUACUGUAGAUGUAGAAGAAUGGGGAGUUUUUCUACAUGUUAAAGAUAAAACUUUCAAAAAUUUUGAUGCUAUCCGGCAAGAAAUUGAAGAUGAAACGAACCGAGCUGCAGGAACCAACAAGGGCAUCUGUCCUGAACCGAUUAAUCUUAAGAUAUAUUCCUCCAAAGUUGUUAAUUUAACUUUAGUUGAUUUACCAGGAAUAACAAAGGUCCCGGUAGGUGACCAACCACCAGAUAUAGAGCGUCAGAUUCGAGAAUUAGUUAUAAAGUACACCGCCAAUCCUAAUUCAAUUAUUUUAGCUGUGGUAACUGCAAACACAGAUAUGGCGACGUCUGAGAGUUUGGCUAUAGCUAAAGAUGUUGAUCCAGAUGGACGCAGAACCUUAGCUGUUGUUACUAAGCUUGAUCUCAUGGAUGCUGGUACUGAUGCCAUUGAUAUCCUCUGUGGUAGAGUAAUUCCUGUGAAGCUUGGCAUUAUUGGGGUCGUAAAUCGAUCUCAGCAAGACAUUCUAAACAACAAAAGCAUAAAAGAUUCCCUGAAAGACGAAGCUGCAUACCUUCAAAGCAAGUAUCCAACAUUAGCGGCAAGGAAUGGCACACCGUACUUAGCAAAAACAUUAAACAGACUGCUGAUGCAUCAUAUUAGAGAUUGCCUCCCCGACUUGAAAACGAGAGUAAAUUUAAUGAUGUCCCAGUUUCAGUCUUUGCUCAGUUCUUACGGUGAAGACAUAUCGGACAAAAGCAAAACUUUGUUACAAAUUAUAACAAAGUUUGCUACUGCGUAUUGUUCAACGAUUGAAGGCACUGCUAGAAAUAUCGAGACCACGGAGCUUUGCGGAGGAGCGAGGAUAUGUUACAUUUUCCAUGAAACAUUUGGUAGGACGCUGGAUUCGAUACACCCUUUGGCUGGUUUAACUAAAAUGGAUAUUCUAACUGCUAUUAGAAACGCAAAUGGGCCUCGACCCGCUCUAUUUGUUCCCGAGGUGUCUUUUGAACUCUUAGUGAAGAGACAGAUUCGCCGGCUCGAAGAACCGUCUCUUCGUUGUGUCGAGUUAAUUCAUGAAGAAAUGCAAAGAAUAAUACAGCAUUGCGGUAGCGAAGUACAACAAGAAAUGCUCAGAUUCCCGAAACUGUACGAAAGCAUCGUCGAUGUAGUGACGCAUCUUCUCAGAAGGCGUCUACCUACGACCAACGUUAUGGUGGAGAACUUGGUGGCCAUUGAACUAGCGUACAUCAACACCAAACAUCCGGACUUUUACAAAGAUAUCGCCGCAGUGCCCUCUAUGAUCAAAUCGGGAGAGCCGUCCAGGCCCGCCAACCGACCCAAGAGCAUGUUCGGCAAACAACUGCAGCAAUAUCCGGCAGAACCACAAGAACUGAUACCACAAUCUCAUAAUCCCGUGCCAACUGUUGAAGAGCCAGCCGAUUUCUUUAACUAUCUCUUUAGAAUUUUACCGAUGUCAAAUUAUAAUGAGUUCAUGAGAAUUGUUCAGGUACACAGGCCAGUUUAUGAACCAGUUUUUAACAUGAUUAAAAGUGCACGUAGUAAGUCUGUGUUUUCCAGCAUGUUUUUGCCGAGACAAGAAAAAGAGCCAGAGGCUAGGUCCAACAGCAAUCCUCAGCUAAACGAUGACGCAACCAGCUGGGUGUCUAGUUUAACAACUCCUCAACAAAACGGUACCAAAGAAAACGACUUGAACCACGCGAACAAAUUAUUCGAUGGGAAACCAGAACCAGAUAUUAGAUCAGUACUCAGUCCGGAUAAACCAGUCAAUCUGCUACCCCAAGUCCCUAUCAACAGCAACAGCUACAGGUCUUUGUCAGCAAAUGAGGAACACGAUUGCGAGAUUAUAGAACGUCUGAUUAAAUCGUACUUCUACAUUGUAAGGAAAUCGAUUCAGGAUACAGUACCUAAAGCCAUAAUGCACUUCCUGGUAAACUUUGUAAAGGAUAAUCUUCAGUCUGAACUCGUCACUUGUCUGUACAAGGCCGAUAAUGCAGAUCAAUUGUUAGAUGAAUCCGAGCAUAUCGCACAGAGGCGUAAAGAAGCUGGGGACAUGUUAAAGGCAUUGCAGAGAGCUGCGCAUAUUAUUAGUGAAAUUAGAGAAACGCAUAUGUGGUAAAAACAGAAUAAUUCGUUUUUAUUUUCUGGUAGUCUGGUUAAAGUAUCUACAUUAAGAACGAAUGGACAUCAGAUGACAUUCUAAGGACAUCAGAUCGCUAGCAAACGCAACACGUUAUUUGCAAUAUGUUAUUUUGUUUUUACGCUGUAUGUAGUAUUGUUUCUAGAUGAUUAUCGAUUUAUUGGACAGAGUACUGUUUUAAACGAUCCACUCAUAAUUUACUUUUAACCUCUAUCUUGUAGGAUAAAUAAGCAUUUUAUUUUUAUGUUUAUUUUUUUUGUAUUUUUUGAAACGGAUUGGAUGUCAUGUAAUUUUUAAAUUAAUUUGUGUCAUCGGAAACUAGUCAGAAUAUCGCGCAGUGAUUUAAAGAAUCAACGUUUAAGGUCCUUUUAAUUUACCAUUGUUAUAUUUGAUCAGAUUUGAUUAAUGUAUUGUCAAAAAAAUAAAAUGUUUUUACAAUCUGA